AUGGUCUCAACAUGCAGACAGAUGCUGGGCUUUGUCCUGGCUAUCGUUGGAUUUUUGGGAACCAUCAUUAUUUGUGGUCUUCCUCAGUGGAAAGUGUCUGCCUUUGUUGGAGCCAACAUUGUGACAGCACAGAUCAUAUGGGAAGGGCUGUGGAUGAACUGUGUAGUGCAGAGUACUGGGCAGAUGCAGUGCAAGAUCUACGAUUCUCUUCUCGCCCUGCCCCAAGACCUGCAGGCAGCCCGUGCUCUGGUGGUCAUCGCCAUUGUUGUGGCAGUGUUUGCUGUGAUCGUGGGAAUUGCUGGAGGAAAGUGUACCAACUUCAUCGAGGGAGAGGAACGCAAGGCUAAGGUUGCCAUUGCAGCUGGUAUCCUCUUCAUCAUCGCUGGAGUACUGUGCCUCGUUCCAGUCUGCUGGUCUGCCAACACCAUCAUCAGAGAAUUCUACAACCCCCUUGUUCCCACAGGCCAGAGGAGAGAGCUUGGAGCAGCGUUGUACAUAGGAUGGGGAUCAGCCGCAUUGCUGCUCCUUGGAGGAGGUUUGCUCUGCAGCUCCUGCCCACCCAGAGAUGAGACAGAUUACGGAUACAAGUACUCUCAAGCGAGGUCCGUGGCCAACAGCAAAGCAUACGUUUGA